UGUAUUUGGAUGAACUUGUGGUUCUGAAGCUGCUCUUAAAGCAGAGAGCCUGCUUGUAUGUUUUCUGCAGAAGAGAGAUAAUAUUGAGUCUGGGGAUGGCAUGACAGCUGGAAAAGGAAGACUUAAGAACACUGAGACCCUUGUUUGCUUCUUGGAGGGAUCAUCAUUAUUUCUCAGGCUGAAUUACACUCAUCUUCUUUCUAUUCUGAGGUUUUGACUUUUCUACCUUGCUAAGGAGUCUGUGAGCAAGGCAGGACUCUACUCUCAAGACAAGAAGAACAAGGGGAGCACUACAAUGGAUUUUCCAGCACAGAUGAACAUACAGAAGGAAGUGACCUGCCCCAUCUGCCUGGAUCUUCUGACAGUGCCCCUGAGUCUGGACUGUGGCCACAGCUUCUGCCAAGCUUGCAUCACUGCAAAGAGUAAGGAUUCAGGGGUCCACCAAGGAGGGGAAAGCAACUGCCCAGUGUGCCAGUGCAAAUACCAGUUUUGGAAUCUCCGACCUAAUCAGCCCCUGGCCAACAUAGUGAAGAAAGUCAAAGAGAACAUGAGCCCAUGGCAGAAAAAGCUCUGUGAGCACCAUGGAGAAAAACUCCUGAUCUUCUGUAAGGAGGAUGGGAAAUUAAUUUGCCAGCACUGUGCCCAGUCUGCGGAGCACCAUGGUCAUCAAAUAUUCUUCAUGGAGAAGGUGGCCAAGGACUGUCAGGAAAAGCUCCAGGCAGCUCUGAAGAAACUGAGGAAGGAGCAGCCGAAAAUGGAGGAGUUGGAAGCUAACAUCAGAGAGGAGAAAGCUUCCUGGAAGAAUCAUAUGCAGACUGAGAGACAAAGGAUUCUGAAAGGGUUUAAUGACAUGAGAGCCAUCCUGGACAGUGAGGAGAAGAGGCUGCUGCAAAAGCUGGAGGAAGAUGAAGUGAAUGUGCUGGAUAACUUGGUAGUGGCCAGAGACCAGCUGGCCCAGCAGAAGCAGUGCUUAAGGGAGCUCAUCUCAGAUAUUGAACAUCAGAUAUGGGGGUCAUCAGUAGACACAGUGCAGGAUAUGAUGAAUGUCAUGAAAAGGAGUGAGAGGUGGACCUUGAAGAAGCCAAAUAUUGUUCCCAAGAAACUGAAGAGUAUAUUCCGAAUUCCAGAUCUGAGUGGGAUGCUGCAAGUGUUUAGAGAGCUGACAGAGGUCCAACGCUACUGGGUGGACGUACUGCUGAAGCCAGUCAAUGCUAUUUCGAAUAUUGCCAUUUCUGCUGAUAAAAGACAAAUGACAACUGUGCACAACUUCUCUCUUAAAAGUGUAUUUCUAUGUGAUUUCUCUGCUUUUGAUGUCUUGGGCUACCAACAUUUUUCCUCAGGGAAGUAUUACUGGGAAGUAGAUGUGUCUGAAAAGAUUGCCUGGAUCCUUGGGGUGUACAGUAAAGCAAGAAACCUCAAGAGAAAAGAGAGCUCUGGGUUUGUUUUUGAUCCAAAUGUAAAUCAUCCAGAUGUUUACUCCAGAUACAAACCUCAGUUUGGCUACUGGGUUAUUGGGUUACAGAAUGAAUCUGAGUAUAAGGUUUUUGAGGAGUCUUCCACCUCUGAUCCCAAGAUAUUGACUCUUUUCAUACCUGUUCCUCCCUGUCGUAUUGGGGUUUUCCUUGACUAUGAAGCACGUAUUGUCUCAUUUUUCAAUGUCACAAACCAUGGGUCACUCAUCUACAGGUUUUCUAAUUGUCAGUUUUCUCAUACUGCUUAUCCAUAUUUCAAUCCUUGGAAUUGUCAACACCCCAUCACCUUGUGCCCACCGAGUUCCUAAACUUUCUCAGUCCCUCACCCACUUCUGUGUAGCACCCCUUGUCCUGGGGUUCAUCUACAACUGAGCUCAUCUGCACCAUUCUGAACAUGUCUUCCUUCUUUUCUCCAUCUUUCAUUUUAGAAUGUAUUUGAGAUAGUCUGCUAGGACUGCUGUCACAAAAUACCACAGAAUGGGUGGCUCAGACAACAGAAAUUUCUUGUCUCACAGUUCUGGAGGCUGGAAGUCUAAGACCAAGGUGUCAGCAGAGUUGGUUUUAUCUGAAGGCUGUGAGGGAAGAAUCUAUUCCUCGCCUUGUAGACAGCUAUAUUCUCAUCUACCCACUGGGCAUGCCUAAAUCUCUCUUUUUCUAAGGACACCAGUCAGAUUGGAAAAGGACACACCCUAAUUACAUCAUUUUAAUGUAGUCACGCCUGUAAGACCCUAUUUCCAAAGGGUCACAUUCUCAAGUAUUGGAGGUUAGGAUUGUAACACAUGAAUUUGGGUGGAACACAAGUCAAUUCAACAGUCUUUUAGACAUCCCUACCAUGUAGUGAAAGCUUGAGGUUUUCCUUCCUAAUAUUUUGUCUUCAUUAGGGGAGAAUGCUUUUUUUUCCUUAUUAGUUUUUGCUUAGUAUUAGGAGAGAAUGCUUAUUUGCAAAGGGAACACAUCUAAUCCCUUUUAUAGAAAGAGCAGUAUUGCUGUACCUCCUCUGACAUCUCCUUUCCUCAUUCCCUCUGUUUAAGGGAUUUAACAAAGGAAAAAUUAUAAAUUCUAUCCAAGUGCAUAGGGCAUAGAAUAGUACAUAGGAAUCUGUCACUAGGUAAUGAAUCCUUCAGAGUGUGUUGCUUUACCAAUAACACCCCUUUAUGUAUCACAGAGUUAAAGCAGAAGUGCAUAAGUAAAAUAUAUACUAAGAGUAGAUUUUUGGUACUCAGAGUUUCUAAGGUCAAAUCUUGUCUCUUAUAAGCUGUGUAAAUUUGAACAAGUCACUUAGCACCUCUUGGUCUCAUUUUCCUAAAAAAAAAAAAAAUUGAUGUUAAAGAUUGUACCUAUUUCAUAGGGUCACAUUGAGAAAUCAAAUUUUAUUAGAGGUGAAGCACUUACCUAAGAGUCUUAUAUGUAAGAAUAAAUAUCUGUUAUUGCUGGAAAAUAUAAGCUGUAUCAAUGAGAACUUUUUUUUUUUUUUUUUUUUUUUUUUG